UAACAUCUUUGAGGUCGCAGUAACUCAUUUUCAUUCGUUAUCUCGACAGGAACCAUGGCAACACUGAUAAAGCUAGUAUUGAGUGCAUUGUUUUGGUUCCCAGUGCUGGGAGGUCCACUCAAGCAAGAAUGGGUUGAGCUAUCGUAUCCAUUUAAUAAUGAGACCAUUUAUUGGCCUACUUCACUGACAUUCAAGCAUACUAAAGUAUUUGAUGGCUUUACUGAUGAUGGUUUUUACGUCUCAAAAUAUGACAUAAGUGGUGCUGAACAUGGCGGCACUCACUUAGAUGCGCCGAGUCAUUUUGGCGAGGGAAAAUGGACAGCAGAUGAAAUUCCUCUUGAUCGCCUCAUUGGACCUGCAAUUAAGAUAGACAUAUCUUCCAAAGCUGCCGAGAAUCCUGAUGCCCAGUUGAUGCCGAGUGAUUUGGAGGCCUGGGAGAGAAAGCACGGAAAGAUUCCAGAUGAUGUAAUAGUGCUGGUGUUCAGUAAUUGGGGAAGACAUUGGCCAGACAAGAAAAAGUACCUCGGAACUGAUACAGAUGACUUAAGCUUGCUGCAUUUUCCAGGUAUACACGCUAACGCCUCACGCUGGUUGGUCAAAAAUCGAAGCCUAAAGCUUGUGGGAAUAGACACAGCGUCACUUGAUUACGGGCAAACAAAGAUGUUUGAAUCUCAUCAAAUUCUCAACAACGAAAACAUCCCUGGGUUGGAAAAUGUCGCCAAUAUGGAUCGGCUGCCCGCUAAAGGUUUCACGGUGUACGCUGCGCCAAUGUUCAUCAGUGGAGGGAGUGGUGGACCAUGUAGGGUGUUCGCCCUUUUGGACUGUGCUUGAUAUCUAAUAAACUUAUGUAAUGUUUGUGUAACCCGCUUACGGGUGUUAUGAAUUUCUUGUGAGAGACGCGCUAUGAAUGAAUCAAUUAAGCUUCAUAUUAAAACGUACUUUCUGUUAAAAGUCACAGCCAAAGCCACCGUCGAGUGCAAGUAAUUUUUUU